AACGGAAGUAAGCAAUGCAAAGUAAAAAUUAAAACCAAAGUGAAAGUAGACUUAGUUGUCUCUGAGCAGUUUUAUGAAGAAUGGACCUGUCACUACAAAAGAAGAGAUGGAGACCAGAGAUAGCCCCACCAGAUGAAGAGGUUAUCACAGAGGGGCAGAAACAACUCAAGAAUCUUCUGGACAAACAACUACAGAAGGAUGUCACCAUACAUCAACAACUGUCCCAGAAGCGGACUUUCACAUCUGCAUCUGCCCACUGUCCAGCUGUCAACUCCCUCUCAGGGCUGACAUCUCUGGACCAGUUUCAAGAAGUUGACAAGCUUGAUGCUUACACAGAAGAACUGAAGAAAUGUGGUUUGACAGACGAGGAGAUUCAGCUCAAAAUGAUGGCAGAUGAUUCAAACAAGCCCCAGAAAAAAAGAAACUUUGGAAUAGACCCAUCAAUCAUGGAGGAAAGGCUACAGAAAAUUCAGGAAAAAAUUGAAAAGAAAAACAUAGAUUUAGAUCAAAAGGAUAAAUUUCAUGGCCAAAAAGCUUUGACUAGGCAUGAAAUGGAAUUGGAAAGGUCACUUCUACGGGACUGUAACUCUGAUGACAAGAAAAAGGUAAUGAAUGCAUUGACAACGGUUCUUGAUCCAAGGGAAAGAACUCUGCCUAAUGAUCCAAUGAGCCAGCUCCCAGAAAUACUGGAGAAUAUCACAAAAGGAUCCAGCCAAGGAAAGUCAAAAAGGCGUAAACGGAAACAGAAAAACAAGGAACCUACAUCUGAUGAGAUUGAUAUGAAAGGCUUACCAAGUGAUGGGAGUAGAGUGGUUACUACAGAAAGUUCUACAUUUGAUUCAAGUACAAAUAGGGUACAGGAGGAAGGAGAAAUUGGUGAUGUUGCGACGUGUAAACCAAGGCCCAGAAAUCCGGUACCAGAGGUUUCUUUAGAGGAUAUUCAGAACAACAGACUAGCAAUUGAGGAAAUCAAAAACUUACCUCGAUUUGAGAACUAUGCACCAGGUGAACUCAGCAAAACAUUGGUAGAGGGUUGGUGGAGAUUCAUGGUGAAGCAAGUGCAAACAUCUUACACUAUAACUUUUGUUCCAUCUCAACAGAUUCUCUACUUGAAGAACCUAUCAAAUAAAGUUCAUCAGCAAGAUCUUGAGUCUAUAUUCAACAAAUUUUUACCAGAGGGAGCUGGUGGUUUAGAGUAUCGAGUGCUGACUGGCAGAAUGAGAGGACAAGCUUUUAUUACAUUUCCUGAUACUAAUUCAGCAUCCCGUGCUUUGGAGCAUGUGAACGGUUAUUUACUGAAAGACAGACCUAUCAUCAUCCAGUAUGGUAGAAAGAACUCCAGUAGCAAUUCUCCAACAUAAACGUUUUUUGUUUUCUUUUGCGUAAAUAUUCUCAUAAAAUAUUCAUACUUUAUUCUGU